GAGAAGGUUCCUCCCGCUGAGGACAAGGUUCGUCACCCUGAGGACAAGGUUACUCACAUUAAGGACAAGGUUCCUCACACUGAGGACAAGGUUCCUCACGCUGAGGACAAGGUUGCUCACGCUGAGGAAAAGGUUCUUCACGCUGAGGACAAGGUUCCUCACGCUUAGGACAAGGUUCCUCACGUUUAGGACAAGGUUCCUCAAGCUGAGGACAACGUUCCUCACGCUGAGGACAAGGUUCCUCACGCCGAGGACAAGGUUCCUCACGCCGAAGAUAAGGUUCCCCACGCAGAGGACAAGGUUCCUCACGCUGAGGACAAGGUUCCUCACGCUGAGGACAAGGUUCCUCACGCUGAGGACAAGGUUCUUCACGCUGAGGACAAGGUUCCUCACGCUGAGGACAAGGUUCCUCACGCUAAGGAAAAG